AGAGUGAGUCGGAAAGCAGAUAUUGUCAAAAAACUGGCUUUGUGCGCCAUCUUUCCAAUACGGCAGCGCAAGCGGCAAAGAUACGAAGUGGCAAAGUAAAAACUCGAAACACGAGGACUAUGAUAAUGCAGGAUACGAAGAGGACACAGGCGCGAAAACUGAGAAUCCACCACCAUUUCAAUUCGACCAUCCGCCACCCGGCCCGAAAGCACCGGAAAGAAUUCAAUGGGGAUCAAGCUGGGAAUUCUUGAUGUCAUGUAUCGCGACCUCCGUGGGUCUGGGAAACAUUUGGAGGUUUCCUUACACCGCAUACCAGAAUGGCGGCGGAGCAUUUCUGAUCCCUUACGUUAUAGUUCUUUUCGUAGUCGGAAAGCCCUUUUAUUAUCUUGAGGCUACCCUUGGACAGUUCACCAGUCAAUCGUGUGUAAAUGUCUGGUCCGUAUCGCCAGCGAUGAAAGGAGUUGGAUAUGGCCACGCGCUUGCAGCAUUUUGGGUCGUUACUUAUUACUGUUCUUUGAUGGCGCUGACAAUAUACUAUCUAUUCGUGAGUUUUCAGUCAACACUUCCAUGGUCCUAUUGCCGAGAGGAAUGGGCUGGGACUUGCGUCGAUGCAAGCGGAUCGAGUAAUGUUACUUUGGACAAUACAACACUAUCGAGCUCUUCUGAAUUAUACUUCAGGAAGAUCGUUCUCAAAGAAAUAGACAGUAUCGAAGAUGGGAUAGGAGUUCCUUCGUGGGAGUUAACUCUCUGCCUUGCAGUCAGUUGGGUGUGUGUUUUCUUUGUUCAAUUCCGGGGUGUUAAGAGUGCUGGCAAGGCAGCAUAUUUUCUAGCCCUCUUUCCGUACGUGAUGAUGAUCACACUACUGAUCAGAGCACUGACAUUGGAAGGCGCCGCGAAUGGCAUACUCUUCUUUGUCACACCGGAUUGGCAUAAGCUUUAUCAACCAGGGGUGUGGUAUGCUGCCAUAACACAGUGUUUCUUCUCCCUCAGCGUGUGCAUGGGUGCGAUCAUUAUGUUUUCAUCGUACAACAACUUCCGUCACAAUCUCUACAGGGCUGUAAUGAUCGUUACCACAUUGGACACGUUCACGAGCUUCAUGGCUGGUUGCACGAUAUUCGGGAUACUCGGAAAUUUAGCACAUGAGAUGGGAACAGACGAUAUCGGCACCGUUGUUCGCAGUGGCACCGGACUGGCUUUCAUAUCGUAUCCUGAGGCAUUAGCGCGAUUUCCGGCAGUUCCUCAACUCUUUGCUGUUCUGUUCUUCAUAAUGAUGUUCGUGUUGGGAAUUGGCAGCGCGCAAUCCCUCGUCGGCGUAAUUGCCAGUGUGAUUACGGAUCGCUUCACAUCGUUCAAACAGAUGUACGUUGUCGGUGUCAUCAGUAUCAUCGGCUUUCUCCUGGGUCUCACAUACGUCACUCCGGGUGGGCAAUGGAUCUUGACUCUGGUUGACUAUUACGGCGGAACUUUUACAGCGAUCAUUGUUGGAGUGACCGAAGUUACAACUAUAUUUUGGAUUUACGGACUCAACAACUUUCUCAACGACGUUGAAUUCAUGUUAGGAUACCGACCGGGUCUUUACUGGCGUUUGUGCUGGCUGUUGAUUACACCCCUACUUAUGAUCAUUGUUCUCGUCUACACGUUUGCCGUUUACGAGGAUGUUACAUACAAUGACGAAUACUUUCCGAGUGCUGCUUACGCUUUCGGCUGGGUUAUCUUCAGUUUCGGAAUCAUUCAACUGAUAUUCUGGAUCUGCCUAGCUCUGAUUAAGAACAGGUCAUCAUCAAUUAAAUUGACUUUCCGGAGGGCGUUUACUCCAAAUAGGCAUUGGGGACCCACGGAUCCGAAGGAAAAUCAAGACUGGAAAGCAUUUUGUGCAGAACGGCGGCAAAAGUCAACCGGUGGACUCCGUAACCUCUUCUUAGGAUAAAAUUAUAUACGUAAAUUAUAGAUUCAUGUCGAUUGAUAAGCUUUGCCUGUCUACAUUUACAUUACACGUCUGUUAACUGUUACUUCCUAUAGAAAUAAUUCAGGAACCGUUUGACUAAGUUUAAUCCCUGCAGUGCCUACUAUGAAAUACAGUAUUGAAUACAGGUUUGACCGAACUAUAUUGUGCUAUUGUAUAGAGAGGAAAACAGCACACCUUAUUCUAAGCACAUUGAGUGUUCGAAUCGACUGCGCAUGCGCGAACUUUGUCGGAUCUUCGCGCAGGCUGGUUAACUCAAACUUGAGCUAUCAGUCUUGGCUGACGGAGGUUAUGCAUGUAACUGAUGAGAAUUUUUUUUAAGCUAUAACAGAGCUUUAAUAGUUGAUGUAGUGAUUUGAGAAGGCUAGGCAAACUUUCAUUGUUCACUGACUGAUGACUGAUAACUGCUACGAGUCAUCGAACAUAAUUUCAAUUGGCGAAUUGACGCCUCGUUUCGAGUAAGUUGGCUCCCCUGUCUUACAGCCGAAAAUAUUACCGUGGUAUAGACAAAUAGAAUCCAAUUGUUUUGCGCAUGCGUAGUCAGUUACUUACCCUGGUAAGUGUCAUUGUCUUGUCUUAAUAUACUAUUAUAAAAUAAUAUGCAGAUUGUGUUGUGAGUCUGCGUUGGCACAUUUGGUCUACAAUUUAUGUAAACGUAUUGUUAAAUAUAAACCUUUAUAUUAACAUUAAUAACCUGUCUAUUAAAUUUGAUUCGUACACAACAAGAUGUAUACAAAACCCAGAUGAAAUAAA